AUGAAGCUUUGCGUCAAUGAAAUAGGUCGUAUUUGGAAACAAAAGGAAACUCAUGGAAAAUCCGCUGUUGUUAAAGCCGACAUCAACAUGAGUCAUAACGAGACGAGUAAGGAUACUAAAAUUCUAGAAAUUGAACCGUCAUCAGACAAUAAUACAACUACAUCAACAUCGACCAAUGAUACUAACACAUCCAACGCUACUACAUUGUUCACUAAUACUGCUUCAACUGUAACUGCUGUUGAAGAAGAUAAUGAUGGACAAGAGGAGAAUGUCGAGGAUUUACAAGAUAAGCUCUAUGAUCAAUUUCAUGAUCAUUUGCAAAUACCAUUAUCAACAUCUUCAACAUCUUCUCCUUCGUCUUCUCCUUCCCCUUUGAAAUCAUCACCAUCAAUAACAUCUGACAGCGAUGAUACAACAAAUGAUUCAUUUAAUAGGAUAUGUAAUGUACUACAAAAUCUAAUAGACGAAGCACAAGUAGCAUUACAUGAACAACAAAAAAAUAGCAAUAUCAAGAUUAUUAAUAGUGAGAAAUGUUGGUUUUGUUUAGAAACCAAUAGUACAAUAGAAUCUUUAAAUUCUAUUACUCCAAAAUCUUCUAGAUGUAACUCAAUAUCUCAAAAAUACAACAGUAACACUAAUUAUAAUAAUAAUAACAGUAACAUCAAUAGUAAUAACUUGAUGGUUCCUUCUUCUUCAAUAUCUAAAGAUCAACAACAACAAAAGAAUUUAAUAAAAAUACAAAAAAAAUAUAAGAAAAUAUUGGAAAAAAAAUCAAAUUAUAAUAAAAGUUGUGAUAAUAUUGAAUUAGAAUUACAAAAAUUAAUCAAUACAGCUUUAUCAACAACUACAACCAACAAUGCGAUUCAUAAUCAACAUAUGAUUAUAGAUAAUAAAGGUGAAGAAGGUGAAUGUGGAGACAACAAAGAUGAUCAAUCAUCAUCACUAUCACAAAGUACAAACAAUCCACUAAUAAAAAAUUUAAUGAAUUUAUCAGCAAUGAUAGGAAUAUUUGUAUUAGGCAUGAAAAGAACAAUUGAUAAUCAAAUUGCUCAUAAUAAAUCAAUGUUAUAUAGGAAAUCGCAUUUAUUAAGAAAUGCUAUCAUAAUAAUAACUACUAGUAGUAGUAAUAGAGGAAGAAGUAUGAGCAGAAGAAUUACAAUUCGUAGGAAGUAUAAUUAUUAUUUAUCAAUUAAAUUAGCAAAAUAUUUUACGAUUUUAUUGGUUGGUUGGUUAUUUGGAAGAAUUGGUAGUGAUAUACGUGUAUUUAUGUUGACAAAAUUUCGUGUUUAUAUUCAUAUCAAGAAGGGUGCCAAUCCCUGA